UCACCGCCCCAUACUCCCAUCCAUCCAUUUCUUUCCUCUCCUCUUUUCUCUUCCAUUUCCCUCCUCCUUCUUUCUCUCAAAAAAAAAAAAAAAAUUAAUAAUAUUUUAUUUCUUCAAAAUAAAAUGAUAUAUCCAAUUCUAAAAGUCACGGCGAUUUCCACCUUAUUAACCUUACCUCCACCUUCUUCGCAUUUCUCCUCCAAACCUAACGCCGCCGUUAAACUCUCCGUUAAACCUCCCUUCAACAACACAUUAACAGCCUCGUCGUCAAUACCGUCACAAUCUCACGGCGUGACCGACAAGCUCAACGGCCUCACCUCCGAAUUCGCGUCUCUCUCGGAACCAAUCGACCGAGUUAAACGGCUAUUGCACUACGCGUCUCUUUUACCCCCGUUAGACCGGUCCGACCGGGUUCCGGAGAAUCGUGUAUCCGGUUGCUCGACGGAGAUUUGGGUGGUGGCGCGUAUGGACUCAGGGAGGAAGAUGAGAUUUACGGCGGAUAGCGAUUCGGAGAUUUCGAAGGGGUUUUGUUGGUGUUUGGUGUGGAUGCUGGACGGGGCGGAACCGGAGGAGGUGCUUACGGUGGAGAGAGAGGAUUUGGUGAGAAUGAAUUUAGGGUUGAAUAAUGUUAAAUCGCGUUCGAGGAUUAACACGUGGCAUAACGUUUUCUUUGCCAUGCAAAAAGCUACUCAAGAUUUGAUUUAAUAAUUGGAUUUGGACGGGUGAAUUUCUCUCUUUUAAAAAUGUAAUUCAUAGUUUGAUGUAUUUGUAUGAUAUAGUUAUUGUAGGUUAGUUAAUGAUAUAGGAUAUAAUAUUAGUAAAACUCUAGAACUUGUUUCUGAAUGGAGAAGUUAAUGUUUUUCAAAUACUAUAUGUUAUUUUCUCCGGUGCAAUUAUAGUGGGUUUUUGAAAGAAAGAGAAUAUUGUGUAUUUUGUUUCGGAAUGGCAUGAUCAAAAUUAUGAUUAUUUUGGAGUUAGUGAAAUGGGUGACUAGAAAUGGGGAAAUUUUGUUUGAUUGAUAGAAGAUGAAUGUGGAAUCUAUGGAGGCUGGCGGAAACAAAGGGGGCAUUAUCUUUCUUACAUUGCGGAAAUUUCAUAAAUGGGUUCAGAGUAUUUCUCAUAUUUUAUUUUUAUAUAUUGAACUUGCAAAAAGUAAGUUGUAAUUUUAUUGGUGAGAAGAAUCGGUGAAACCUCAAUUGUCUCAAUAUGAUAUGUGAUUCUUCUUCGCUUU